AUGGAUGAUGUAGCCGACCUUGUCAUCGCGCCCUUCCGCGACAUUGUCGAAAAGGGUCGUGAGGCUACACAAAAUGCUGGCGAUGACAAGACAAUGCUCAAAGCCUCUCAGAGCCUGACAAAAGAAGGCGAGCGUGCGCUCAAGAAAAUUGAACCCCUAUGUCGAAAACACCUCGACGAAUAUGGCUCUAACUUCCUUGAUGCUCUCAAGGAAAAUGACGAAAUCGCUGCCUUCCGAACCGAGCUCAACGAAUUACUUUGGGAAUUCGACGACUACGUUGAAUUGGACGAUUUUGAGCCUGAAAAGUUCGCCGAAUUACAAGCCCUCUCGAGGAAGGCCGCGCCAAAGGUUUACGAUAUUCUCAUGCGCCUCAAGCUGGAGGUUCCCUAUGAUCAUGACAGCCGCUCCAUCAUGACUCGAAUGUCCGGGUCACAAUCAAGACCAAUCUCGCCAGAUGCACCUCCUCUUCCGCCGAUAUACCCAUUUUCCGAUCUGAAGAAAGAUAUUCCCCGAAGCGCUUCCUCGCUCGCCGAAAGCCGCUCUAGCAAUGACCCUGCAACGGUUGAAGCAGCUACUGCUGAGUUGCGGCGCAUGAUGCAAUCUCGAUCAGGACCGGAUGAGGGCCUAUAUGCUGAAUCACCAAGGCCCAGCCAUACGCCCCAGGCUGUACUCACACCAGUUGAGCCGCCUCCAAGACCACCAUCGGGUAACCCAUGGGACUUCAAUGUCAAGACCUCACCGAAGCCACGCGAUAAUAAUUUCCCAGAAGACUUUUCCUUCGAAAGGAGACAGCCUGUAGCCCCAGUAGAAUCACCCAUUGAGCCGGUUUCACCACCUCUGAGCCCAGAUUCAGGUAGGGAACUUCGUCCGCGCCCACUCAAGAUGGGAGGAGAUCGGUCGUCUCAGUACAGCAACGACUCCCAAGUUAGUUCAGUGGGCAUGGAAUCCGGGACGUACGAACGAACAUACAGUGUCUUCCCAACACCACGAGGUCGCUACUCGAGCCACAAUUCCAUAUUAUCCACCUCUAUCCCCGAAGAUGUCGUUUCAGAAAGGGCCAGCUCAGGUUAUGUCUCGCAGCUUUCUCCAACUCCAAGGACGGUUCCGCCUCGAUCACAUUCGCUUCCCCAAUCUCGACCUGAAUCAGUCGAAACCAAUCCUGGUUCUGUCUUUGACUCGGGACGACAUGAUGGAGUGACCACCCCCCUCACAGACAACCGCGAAUCCUCAUAUUCAGUGGCAGAUGGUAGUCCGACACUCGGCACUGCAGAAUUAAGUCCGCUGCCUGUAAAGCCUCCGCCGGUAACCAACUACCAGGGCAUGCUUGAACCAGUGCAGCCUGUCAUGGUGCCAGAAGUCGAUAACUUGCCGAUUCCCGUGGAAACUGAAAUUACGAUCCCCGAACACCCACCAAACCCGUUUGCCAUUGACUGCAAACUCAACCCUCAGAGCUCCUUCUAUGUUCACAAAGGCUUUUGCGAUGGAGCAAAGGAAAUAUUGAAUGGUGGUGCGGGAGUCAAGAAGACCGUGAAAGCAGGGUUCGCGACCGUAGCGACAAUUGCAAAAUGUGUCAAGUGUCACUUUGAGCUCGACUUUAAUGAAAUUGACUUGGAUGUCAACAAAGCUGAACGAGGGAACUUCAUAAAAAAUGGUAUCGGCUAUAGGUUGCGAUUCCUUCAAAAGUCCCAUUUGCCAACUCGACGAUCUGAUGAUGUUCUGUAUGGCUGUGUGUUUUGUAUCAUGCAGGGAAAGACUCUCCAUGCCAGUGACGCAACUGUCUUCAUCAGCCAGAAAGCUCUUUUUGCUCAUUUGGCUCGCCAUCCUCGUCCUCUGCCAGCAGUCCCAGGAUUCACAGUGAUCGACCAGACUGAAGUUCCUGCCGAAUACAAGAACGACUACGACCUUCAUUUCAAAUCACCUGUCGAAGCACACCCUGCAAUUGAAAAGGCUGAUGAGAUAUCGUAUUUGCCAACCGCGACCAGCAAGGAAGCUGCUCGCCGUAUGUACGGGCAGAGACUGUUGUACGAUAGGACGCCGGCGCUUGAAUUGGUUGUUAACGCAAGGGUCUGUGGUCUUACUUGGCCUGCAAAGUACCUUGGAGAAUGGGCAAUGGGCUGGUACGACGGUCAAUGGGCAUCAGUGCCCACUGAGAUCAUUAAGCUGGAUCCGCCACCAUCCAGUCAGAUCAAGAUUGACGGCACCAGCCCAGUCCAAGUCACCGCAAGAUGGAAGUUUAACCAGAAGGACAAAGCCAAGGGCGACUGGCUCAAGUUUGACAAAGAUGAAGUCAUUACCAACGUCAGUUGGGCUUAUCAAGAAUUUUGGUGCUGGUCGGGGACGAAUUCCAAGGGCAAGACAGGAAUCUUCCCUCAGGCGUUCAUUGACAUAGCCACGCUACGCGGUUUUGGCAACUCAGGCUCCGACAGAGCAAGCAUCUUGAGUAACGAGAGAAACAAGUCCUUGUCUGUUUUGUCUCGGUUCUCGUCUCGGAAAGCCAGCCGAGCAGGAAGACCCGGAAGCGUAGCCGGCUCGAUCAGCAGCAACGAGACGCCGUCGCUUCCAACCCCGAUCACAAGCAGUGCAAGCGUACGCAAUUAA